CGCAGGGGCGUUCGGCUGCCGGCGCGCUCCCCGGGGACCGCCACCCGCCAGCAGCGGCGUGGGCGAGCCGGUGAUGGCCGCCCCCGCGCGGUACCUGCUGGGCUGAGAUGAGCGACGGCGACGGGCGCUGCGGGCGGUCGAUGGGGCAGGCAGGCGGCGGAGAGCUGGCUUCCCGGGCGCGCCGCUGAGGCAGCCCCAGGGCCGCACCGCGCCGGCCGGAGCCGCCGCCUUAUUUUUUUGUUGCUGUUCCUAUUUUUUCAUCUGUUUUUCCGCUAGCCGGUGGAGGGGGAGUUCGGUGCGCGGAGAGCACCAGUGGAGAGCGGCAGGCCAAGCUGAGCCGGGGGACGCUGGCCGGCGGUCGGCCGGGUCCGGCGAUGCGGUGCCUCGCUCUCCUCGGCCUCAUUGCCUGGGGCCUGGGGAGCUGGGCCGGGCCCAGCGGCGGAGCGUCCCCCCCGCCUUGCCCGGCCUCCUGCAGCUGCGACGGCGACCGCGGCGUGGACUGCUCCGGGAGGGGGCUGGCCGCUGUGCCCCCGGGACUCAGCGCCUUCACGCACGCCCUAGAUAUCAGCAUGAAUAACAUCACAAGGCUACCAGAGGAUGCAUUCAAGAACUUCCCCUACUUGGAAGAGCUGCGGCUGGCUGGCAAUGACCUUUCUUUUAUCCAUCCAAAGGCCUUGUCUGGGUUGAAAGAACUCAAAGUUCUAACCCUUCAGAACAAUCAGCUGAAGACUGUACCUAAUGAGGCCAUCAGAGGAUUAAGUGGUUUACAGUCCUUGCGUUUAGAUGCUAACCACAUCACUGCCAUACCAGAAGACAGUUUCGAGGGUCUGGUGCAGCUGCGGCACCUUUGGUUGGAUGACAACAGCCUGACAGAAGUUCCCAUCUACCCUCUAAGCAAUCUCCCCUCUCUGCAGGCAUUAACACUGGCUCUCAACAAAAUUACACACAUUCCUGACUAUGCAUUUACCAACCUUUCCAGUCUUGUUGUUCUACAUCUUCAUAAUAAUAAAAUAAAAACUAUAGGAAAACACUGUUUUGAUGGAUUGGACAACCUUGAAACCUUGGAUUUAAACUAUAAUAACAUGGUAGAGUUCCCUGAAGCCAUAAAAGCACUUCCAAAUCUAAAGGAGUUGGGAUUUCACAGCAACUACAUUUCCAUAAUUCCUGAUGGUGCGUUUGCAGGAAACCCCCUUCUAAGAACAAUACAUCUGUAUGAUAAUCCUUUGUCUUUUGUGGGGAACUCAGCAUUUCAGAAUCUGUCAGAUCUGCAUUCCCUGGUCAUUCGGGGUGCCAGCAUGGUGCAGUGGUUUCCUAAUUUGACAGGGACUGUUAAUCUGGAGAGCUUAACUCUAACAGGGACCAAGAUAAGCAGCAUUCCUGGGAAUUUGUGUCAAGAGCAAAAGGUGCUACGAACUCUGGACUUGUCUUAUAACAGUAUAAAAGAGCUCCCCAGUUUUAAAGGCUGCCACUCCUUGGAAGAAAUCUCCUUACAGCACAAUCAAAUCCAUGAAAUCAAAGAGGAUACCUUUCAAGGACUGUCUGCCCUUCGUAUCCUCGACCUCAGUAGAAAUCGGAUCCAUCAGAUCCACAAAGAAGCUUUCACCACUGUUGGAGCUAUUGUUAACCUAGACCUAAGCUUCAAUGAACUCACUUCAGUUCCAACCGAAGGACUGAGUGGACUGAACCAGCUUAAACUUGCAGGCAAUUCUGAGUUGAAAGAAGCUUUGGCAGCAAAGAACUUUGCAAAGCUCCGGUCCCUCUCCGUACCAUAUGCUUACCAGUGCUGUGCGUUCUGGGGUUGCGAUUCGUAUUUAAACUCGAAUGCUGAAGAUUCCCGUCACCAAGAUCAAGGAGUCUUGGUGGAUCGUGAGAAGGCUGAUACAGAUGCUCUAAGGAAUGAGGAAAACGAGGAGCUGGGACAGACUAUAAUUCACUGUACACCAGCAACAGGUGCUUUUAAGCCUUGUGAAUAUUUAUUGGGCAGCUGGAUGAUUCGACUUACUGUCUGGUUUAUAUUUUUGGUUGCUUUGUUCUUCAACCUGCUUGUGAUGUUAACAAUAUUUGCAUCCUGUGCUCCAUUGCCGUCUUCCAAACUGUUCAUAGGCCUGAUUUCUGUCUCUAACUUAUUUAUGGGAGUUUAUACUGGUAUUUUAACUUUCUUGGAUGCUGUCUCAUGGGGAAGAUUUGCUGAAUUUGGCAUAUGGUGGGAGACUGGCAGUGGUUGCAGAGUUGCUGGGUUUCUUGCAGUCUUUUCAUCAGAAAGUGCCAUUUUUUUCCUGAUGUUGGCAGCUGUUGAAAGGAGCUUCUCUGCCAAGGAGAUCAUCAAGAAGGGGAAAAGCAAUCGCCACAAACAAUUUCAGGUGGCAGCAGUGUUUGCUUUCCUGUGUGCUGUGGUAGCAGGAUGCUUACCACUGUUUUACAAAGCGGAGUACUCGGCGUCGCCCCUUUGCUUGCCCUUCCCCACUGGAGAAACACCUUCGUUAGGUUUCACCGUAACUCUGGUGCUCCUGAAUUCGUUAGCAUUUUUGCUAAUGGUUGUUAUCUACACGAAACUCUAUUGCAACCUGGAAAAAGAGGACCUCUCGGAAAACUCACAGUCCAGCAUGAUUAAGCACGUGGCUUGGCUCAUCUUCACCAACUGCAUCUUCUUCUGCCCCGUUGCGUUCUUCUCAUUUGCACCGCUGAUCACCGCGAUUUCUAUCAGCCCUGAAAUCAUGAAGUCUGUUACUUUGAUCUUUUUCCCGUUACCUGCUUGCCUGAAUCCGGUUCUGUACGUAUUCUUCAACCCAAAGUUCAAGGAAGACUGGAAGUUGCUGAGGCGCCACAUGACCAGGAAGAGCGGAGCAGUAGCGAUCGCCAUCAAUGCUCAAGGGGGCUGCGUGCCGCAGGAUUUCUACUAUGACUGCAGCAUGUACACCCACCUGCAGGGGAACAUUGCUGUGUGCGAGUGCUGCGAGUCGCUCCUCUUGUCCAAGCCUGUGCCCUGUAAACAUUUAAUAAAAUCCCACAGCUGCCCUGCACUGGCAGUGGUGCCUUGCCAAAGGCCAGACGGCUACUGGUCGGACUGCGGCACCCAGUCAGCCCACUCCGACUACGCGGACGAGGACGACUCCUUCGUGUCGGACAGCUCAGACCAGGUGCAGGCCUGCGGCCGUGCCUGCUUCUACCAAAGCCGGGGGUUCCCUUUGGUUCGCUAUGCCUACAACAUACCCAGGAUUAAAGACUGAAGGCCUCUGGCCAUCAGCUGCUCUAAUAAAGAGCUACAAUGCUUCGUAGACCCUUGCCUGUUUGGACCUUUGGAGCAGGAAGCACUUUUGUAAUCGUCGUGUAGUGUCGUUGGUAAAGAAGGGAAGCGGGCAGUAACUUCUUGAGCCAUACAGUUAAAAAUAAUUCAACAAAUAAAUCAGUUGCCCUGACUGUAAAUAGUCGGUAAACCAAAUUUGUUACCCAAUAUUUUUGCUCUCUCCACGCAACGGUGGUUUCUUUUAUACAGUUUUUUUACAUGGUAAUGGUGUGGUUCCACGUUGUACUCCAGUUGUACUUUGCUUCUGCUGUUGGCAAGUGAUGAUGCAUUACUUCAGGUGAACCACAGCGAGAUUCUUCAGUAUUAUGCAGUUGGGUCACACUGCUGGAAGGAAUAUCAGUGCAUCAGCGGGGUUAGCAGUGCUGUCAGUGCUUACAGCUCGUGUCUUUCCAGAAAGACUGCCUAACACUGCAGCCUGUUGAAUGUUACAGCACCCCACUAAUACCUAUGAAUAAACCGAGAUUUUAGCAAAUGGAGGGAAACCAGAAAGCAGUUUUGCAGUAAAGAAAAGCAUUUCUGCAUAGUCACUGAUUUUCAUGUCAAUCAGUGCAAUAUCUUUAAACCAGUCAAGUCCUGAGACCCAAAUGAUUUAAGUACAAUCAGUGAUCCAUUCAUCUGUAUUUAGUCUGAAAUCUGAUUGAUAUAAAGCUAUCAAUGCAUGAUUAAGUAAUGAUGUCUGUUUCUUCAACAAUACACUAAAUCAAAAGCGAAUCCACUGCCAUCCCAGUUCCUCUGGAGACAUUCUGGUUAAGAUUUUAAAGCUAGAUUGCUAUUUUGAGAAUUAAACUGUAUAUACUGUUCAUACAAUGAAUUUUUAUCUUUGUAUUGUAAAUUAUUUGAUAGAACACAUGAUGGGAAAUGUGGCUUCAGUUCAUUUUGUUAAUUAAAGCUACCUCCUAAACAAUAGUGGCUGCCAGUAGCAGAAUGUUUAAAAAGUGGUUUAUAUACUUUUUUGCAUUGUAAAUAGACAUGGUUGUAUAUUGUCACUGUAAUAAAAACAGAAUCCUUGUAUAUCAAAAUCACGUAGUUUGUACAAAGUAUGGGAGGAUUAUUUACUGUAUGCUGUUAAUUUUGUAAGCCAAGAUAUUCACAUGUAAAAACAAAAGGAGAAGAAACCCAACCCAGAGUCGUUAAUUCUUAUAUUUACACUCAUGAAUAUUACAUCUGCAAUUAGCAUGGAAUGUUACACUGAAAGCAAAUAAAGGGUACCUGAAUAUUGAUGGUUAUUAAAUCUCUGUUUUUCAAAAGUUAAGACUGAGAAUUGUGCACAUGUAAAUUUACUGAGCAUAAAUAAUGU